AUGUGCUCGACACAGCGCGAGACAUCAUGCUACUUCUGGAAGCACAUGGGCGAACGUUUGAGAAUGUCUGCCGUGGGACUCGGAGGCGCCAUAGACGUCUAUUGUAUUCCUCGACCGGAAGUCGAUCGACGCCAUUGGCAGAGUGAGCAGGUCCGAAUGUCGCAAGAAAUGGGCUCGUUACAUGUGCUUUCUCCCUCUGCGACUCGUGAUGUUGCGAAGCUGAAACCCGUGGCUGAGGAGGCCGGCGAGACCCCGAGAUUGCUUGCAUAUACCCUGAUCCAACGACAGGAUUACACGCAAUCAGAUCAUAGUAUUCGUUGCAGGCUGGGUGCCAUCAACGGCAGAGGCCCACAUCGGCACAUGCCCAAAUGCCCUGACGCAGAAGAGAGGAAGGAGAAUCAGUGA